AUGAUUCUCCCACUCGCUCUCGUCCUCGGCCUGCUGGCGCCGCACAGCAGCGCGCCGAUCGUGACAACUGCACCCAACUCUGGCGCCACCGCGUUUGCAUUCACCCCGCGUCUGCAGCGCGCCCCUCUUCACCCCACACCACCUCCGAGUGCCAUCUUUCCCGCCGCUGUCCUUGCCGACGCCACGCCGUUCGAGAGAAAUGCUGACUUGAGCCUCGGGGCGCUGCUUGGCGUGUUAGCCCCCUUUAUCUUUGCCGCGGCGGUGUUUGGCGGCUUCUACCGGCUGUUCAAGCUCUUCUCAUCCGAGUUCUAA